CUCUCUCUCCCCGCAAAGCGCUCGGCCGAGCUGGCUGCAAGGCGGAGGCCGGCGGGCGCAGCUCCAUGGUGGCGCUCAUGUGGUCGGAGCUGCUGCCGGAGGAGCGCUCCGCCCGGGCUCUCCAAGGCAGCCCCGAGCGCCUCUUCGAGGGCUGCCGCCGGCUCCGCAGCCUCUGGGAUGCCGUCCGCUUGGAGGUGGCCGCCGAAGAAGCCAGCCCGGUGGUCCUGCACAGUUUCACCCAGCUGGACCCGGAUCUGCCCCCGCUGGAGAGCUCAACUCAGGAGAUCGGAGAAGAGUUUGAAGACAGCGUGAUUUACAGUAUUUCUCUCCGGAAAGUUCAGCUCCAUCACACGGCCAACAAAGGCCAGCGAUGGCUGGGGUUUGAGAACGAGUCAGCCUUAAACCUCUACGAGACGUGCAAAGUGCGGACGAUCAAAGCCGGCACCCUGGAGAAGUUGGUGGAAUACCUGGUCUCGGCAUUCAAAGGCAACGAUUCCACCUACGUGACCAUCUUCCUCUGCACCUACCGGGCGUUUGCCACCACCAAGCAGGUCCUGGAUCUGCUGCUCAACCGGUAUGGGAAGUUCAACCUCCAGGCCAACGGAGAUCACCCCAAGCAGGCGGUGGACGAGAAGCUGGAGUUGAAAAACACCAUUUCCUCCAUCCUGGGAGCCUGGCUCGAUCAAUACUCCGAAGACUUCCGUAAGCCGCCGGAUUACACCUGCCUGAAGCAGCUGAUCAUUUAUGUCAGGCUUAAUAUCCCCGGCUCUGAUUUGGAGAGGCGAGCCCGAAUCCUCUUCACUCAGUUCCAGCAGCAGGAGCGAUCCGAGGCCGAAACAGAAGAUCACCCCAGCUGCCCCCUGAGGUUAGAGGAGGAAAAUGGCCUGAGCGAAGGCAAGUUGGAAUUCCUGUCCUUUUCUCCAGAGAUGGCGGCCGAGCAGUUCACCCUGAUGGAUGCUGAACUCUUCAAGAAAGUGGUGCCUUAUCACUGUCUCGGGUGCAUCUGGUCUCAGCGGGACAAGAAGGGGAAGGAACACUUGGCGCCCAGCAUCCGGGCCACCGUCUCCCAGUUCAACAGCGUCACCAACUGCGUCAUUGCCACCUGCCUUGGGGACAGGAUGCUGAAGCCCCAGCAGAGAGCCAAAGUGGUGGAGCGAUGGAUCGAAGUCGCCCGGGAGUGCCGCAUCCUCAAGAAUUUCUCCUCCCUCCGCGCCAUCCUUUCUGCCCUCCAGUGCAACGCAGUUCACAGGCUGAAAAAGACCUGGGGGGGGGGGGUCCGGGAGAGCUGCCGCAUGUUCCACGAAUUAUCCGAAAUCUUUUCGGACGACAACAAUCACUCGUUAAGCCGGGAGCUGCUUAUUAAGGAAGGGACUUCCAAGUUUGCCACACUGGAGAUCAACCCCAAAAGAGCGCAGAAGCGGCAGCAGCAGCAACGAGAAAUGGGUGUAAUGCAAGGCACCAUUCCUUACCUGGGCACCUUUUUGACCGACCUGGUGAUGCUGGACACGGCCAUGAAGGAUUAUUUAGAGGGCGGCCUGAUCAACUUUGAGAAAAGGAGGAAGGAGUUCGAAGUCAUUGUCCAGAUCAAGUUGCUUCAGUCGGCUUGCAAUAAUUACAGCUUCAAGAAGGACGAGCGGUUUGGGACGUGGUUUCGCGGCGUGGAGCGGCUCAGCGAAGCCGAGAGCUACGGCCUUUCGUGUGAAAUCGAACCCUUGUCGGAGUCGGCCAGCAACACGCUGAAAGCCAAGAAGAACACAGGCAUCAUUAAGCGGUGGAGCGACCGACAGGCCCCCAGCACCGAUUCUUGUGCCAGCGGCAGCUCCCACUCCAAGUCCUUCGACCAGUUGAAGUGUGGGCCAUAUCUCUGCAGCAGCGACGGGGCCGAUUCGGUCAGCAUCACCUCGGCGGGUUCCAGCAGCUCCGACGUGGAAGAGAUCAAUAUCAGCUACAUUCCUGAUUCGCCCGAAGUUCAAGAGAAGAAGGUACAGGACCACGACUCUCUGGGAUCCACUCCUGCCCAGGGGGUCAGGCGGCAGUUUUGGGAAUCUACCUCGCUGAGCUCCUUGGAUACGUCGGGUGUUGGGUCGAGUUCAAGCAGCGCUUCUUCCUCGUCCGUCUCCUCCACGCCAGUGACAGUGUCCCGUACGCACAAGCGCUCCGUUUCGGGCAUUUCUAGCUAUUCCUCCCUCUCGUUACCUCUUUAUAACCAGCAGAUCGACGAUUGUUGUAUCAUCCGAGUCAGCUUGGCGGUGGAUAACGGAAACAUGUACAAAAGUAUUUUGGUGACAAGCCAGGAUAAAACCCCGGUGGUGAUUCGCAAAGCUAUGGCCAAACACAACCUGGAUGGAGAUCGGCCAGAAGAUUAUGAGCUCAUCCAGAUCAUCUCAGAAGACAGAGAGCUCAAAAUCCCUGACAACGCCAACGUCUUCUACGCCAUGAACUCGGCCGCCAAUUACGACUUCAUGCUCAAGAAGCGAGGUUUCUCCAAGGUGAUCAAAAUCAAGCACGGCUCCAGCUCCACCCUCCCCCGGGUGAAACAAAAAGGCCUGAAAAUCGCCAAAGGCAUCUUCUGACCAGGGAAGGGAGUCGUUCGCCAUCUCCCUCCCCGCCUCCCACGGACUCUCCAGGUGGCGGUCCUGCCCACCCUGGGACCCUUCUGUGUCUUAAGCCACACCCUGGGAUGCGUGUGCGCGUGUGCGUGUGUGAGAGAGAGAGAGGAUGAGGCCUCGAGUUGCGUAGCCGCUCGGAUUUUCGCUUGGGAACUUUGCAAUGUUGGUGAGAUCUUCAAGACGUCGGGAGCUUCUUCGCAGCCGAGCUUUUGCAGACCUCGGAGCACGUGGGAUGCACUGGCAGAAGUUUGCCUUUAAAAAGAUGUGUAUUGCUGGGUUCCUCCCGCCCCUCCAGCCUGGGGAGGAUUUUUAGCCUUUUAAAAUAAAUGUAAAAACCCAGAAAAAAAUACAAAAAAAUAAUAAUAAUACAGAUCCACCUCUCAAGGUCUAAGGACUCCACCGAACUUUCCCGUCCACCGUUCUGCCUUAUCUUCUGUUGACCAACAAUGCUGGCGUGAGCAGCGACUUCUAAACGGUUUUCUUCCUCUUCUUCCACCAUGAUGGUACCGGAAGAGCGAGGAGGUGGAUUUGGAGAGCGAGGGGAGUCGAAAAAUGCACUUUUUGCAGUCCGGGGAAAGUGGGAUUCCCCGUGGGGAAUUUGAGGCAGGGGGGCUUGUCCAGCUGAAGAUGGCCUUUCGGAUGCCAAGACCAAGCCACCAGAUAAUGAACUUCUCAGUUUUAUUUUUAUUUUUUAUUUUUUAAUUAUCUGGCCUUUUCAUUUUCUUGAAGAAGAACCUGCACCAAAGAUCUAACAGCACUGGUUGUUUUGUUCUGUUUUCUCAAUCGUCAGAUCCUCGGCUGACACACUAGCAGUGAGAAAAAAAAAAUGCUUAGCUUUUGUACAGAUGUGUGUAAAUAAAAUUUGUGGAUUGUACGAAGAAUUGGGGGGGGGGGGUGGAUGAGAGCUCUAAAAUGUGAGGCCACCCCUCACGACUAGCCCCAAUUUAGGUUCCUGACCCGGAUGGACGAGUGCCACUUUUGUGUUGACGCGGACUUCAGCCUGACUACGAAGCAGCUUCUGUGACUUAAUGGGCUCUCUCUUUUUUUUUUUUUGUAAAAAAAACCAACAACCCUCAACAAGAAUCAACCCCACUUUCGUGAAUUUACUAAUUUCCUCGAUAUUUAUUGUUUGUAAAUAGCCCCGGUUGGAUUUAUACAGUUUACUAACCCCGUCUAAAAAGUUCCUUUUUAUUUUCUGUUUUUUAAAAAAAAGGCUUUUGGGAAGAGGGAGGGGGAGUUUAGGUGUGAAAAGAAGGGUGCAGAAACCCUGGUUUUAACAACGGUCGGGUUGUUUCGAGAGCUGCUUGGUUUGAGUGCAAAGAGCCGGAGGAAUUCAGGCAAAGGAGGUGUAGGGUCUCCCGCUUGGGCAGGGGGUUGGACUAGAUGACCUGUAAGGUCUCUUCCAACUCUCUACCUGUCUUUAAAGGAGGGGCAGAGAAAUACCUCUGCUUUUUUUUUCUUUUAAACCCCCCAAAUGCAUCAAGGCUUGAUAAAGUCAUCCCUAAAAUUGCAAAACAACAAUAACAACAACAAAACCCACAGGGAUAAGCCGCUGUUUUGCAAAAUGGCUUCUUUUGCAGCCCAGAAUUCAGUGCCAAGAGACAGCUGGGCGGGAGAGGUCUUUAACAGUGGGGAGAGUAUCGUUCCCCGCUUCUUCCUGAUGCCUCGAAGGCAAAGGCACGCAGGGAGAUCUGAAUUUUGCCGUGAAAACAAACGUGCUUUGAGAUCUCUGGACGGUUCCCGUCUCUUGGCCAGAAUCCUCUGGCCCCGUUCAAAUCUAGAGGAGAUGUCAGCGGCGGUGGCUCCAUCGGGCAACAAACAUCUGGAGUUUCCAAGACAUCUGGCCAAGAAUCUGGGUGGAGAGCAUCUUCUCCUUGCUGUUGGGAUCCUCCACCCCCCCAAAAAAUGGGGGUACCCCAUUUUUCUAGCCUGCUUAGCAGGAGGAUGCUUAAAAGAGUUGGCUUCAAGACACCCAGG